AGGGCCCGGAAGUGGUUCUAGCGCGCCUGCGCGCGGGAGGCGGGGCCGCUCGCGGCUUGUCUGAGGGGGGGAGUUAAGAAGAAGAAAAAGGAGGAGGAGGCGACCGGAUCGUCCGCGGUGGCUUCGGCGGCGGUGGAGGCGGCCGGUUGACGCUUCCCCGCUUCGGCCAUGAGCGUCGCCGCGCUGGUUUCUCCCGCGCUUCCGCCGGGGCCUCCGGCUUCUGCCGCCGCCGUUUUGCCCGCCGGGACGGGCCCCGCCGCCGCUGCUGCCAUUGCCGCCGCUGCAGCCGCAGCCGCAGCCGCAGCCGCCGAGAGCUUCGAGGAUGAGGAGCUGGACAGCCCCGCCGACGAGGAGGACGGGGAGCGCAGCGGCCGCGCGCGGGACUCGGACGAGGAUACCGAAGAUGCAAGUGAAACUGAUCUGGCCAAGCAUGAUGAGGAGGAUUAUGUAGAAAUGAAGGAGCAGAUGUAUCAGGAUAAAUUGGCAUCUUUUAAGAGGCAGCUGCAGCAACUGCAAGAAGGUACUUUGCAAGAAUAUCAGAAAAGGAUGAAAAAGCUGGAUCAGCAAUACAAGGAAAGGAUACGCAAUGCGGAGCUUUUUCUCCAGCUGGAAACAGAGCAGGUGGAACGGAAUUACAUCAAGGAGAAGAAAGCGGCCGUGAAGGAAUUUGAAGAUAAAAAAAUUGAGCUCAAGGAAAACUUGAUUGCCGAGUUGGAAGAGAAGAAGAAAAUGAUAGAGAGCGAGAAGCUAACUAUGGAGCUAACAGGAGACUCCAUGGAAGUGAAGCCCAUCAUGACAAGGAAAUUGCGGAGGCGGCCAAACGAUCCCGUUCCCAUCCCUGACAAAAGGCGGAAGCCGGCCCCUGCUCAGCUAAAUUACCUGCUAACGGACGAACAGAUAAUGGAGGAUCUGAGGAUUCUCAAUAAGCUUAAAUCACCUAAACGGCCAGCGUCUCCUUCAUCACCAGAACACCUACCGGCCACGCCUGCCGAAUCCCCAGCACAGCGGUUUGAGGCAAGGAUAGAAGAUGGAAAACUGUACUACGAUAAAAGAUGCAUUCCUAUUCCUCAAGAUCAACACUGCACUCCCCCACCCUUUGCUGUAUCACAAAAGCCAGGCUAUUUAUCUGGAGUCGAAAGAGAACACCAAAAUCAGCUGUGUGAUCAGUUCCGUGGGAGCCAAUGAGAUCUGGGUGAGGAAAACCAGCGACAGCACAAAAAUGCGGAUCUACCUUGGACAGCUCCAGCGCGGAGCUUUCGUCAUCCGGCGGCGGUCGGCUGCGUGACUCUCUGGCCCUGCGCUGUGUUAAAGACAAUCAGCUCUUGCAGAGACUUGUGGUUGCUCUUCCUGGGUCUGAACCGGCAGAAGGGCCACCUCCCUCCUCGAUCCUUUGGAUGCUGCCCGUUUUGCUGCCCACGUUGCUCCUGCUGCCCUCAAGCCUCUUCUCUCGUGAGCCCACGCCGUGCACCAGAGCCCGCCCCACGGCGUUAGUUUAGCUUUCUCAUUUCCAAAGACUACUUCAAAGAAGAAUGUAUGCCUGUGGUCUCAAGUCCAUUCCAUUCUUGUCUAUCCUGCAUAAGAGCACACGCGGUGUAUCUUUUUAAAAAUUAUAUAUAUA